AGCACCAUGCCCACUUUUGCCGAACUAAAGGAGCAGGCCAUGAAGGCCGGAUCGAUGGCAGGCAGCCAAGUCAACAACCUUCGUGGCAGGUUCGGAAACUCGGGUCAAUCAUCGACAUCGACAUCCAACACUAGCGCAUCACACUACCGCUCAAGCUCAAGUAUCACUUCCCCUAUCGGAAAUAAGCCCCCGCUCCCACCGCCGGUACGCUCCGGGGGUCCGCUUUCUCCCCCUGUCAGGAGCCCUGGUAGCACGGGGGCUCCAUUCUCACCGCCUCCGAUGAUGCCCCCGCGCGCUUCAGCGCCCUCCCUACCAAGCAGAUCGCAUUCAUCUUUACCUUCACAUGCUGCCACUGCUACAGGAAUUGACUGGGCGAACCUAUCUGAGGAGGACAAGCAGGCAUUCUUUGGCCUCCUUGACGAAUACUUUGCCAGACGCGGACUGCAAGAUGCCCCUGAACCGGGUACAGCGGGCAACCCAGCGUAUUGAGUCCUUCACCAUCUCAGAUGCAUAGCAAAGCAGCCCUCGACUCCCAGCAUUUCUCUAUGGACACGCCACCUACGUCGACGACGGCAGCUACAGUCUGCGAAUUCUUCCUUCCUUCUACCCACUGGCCGUCAGCAUGGUACGACGAUAAGCAAAGUUCUCUUCCUCCUCCGGUAGUUGGUUCCAAGGAUGUCUCCGGACAAGGCAUGUGGUCCUCCUACGGCGACGCGAUGACGCGCAUCGGCUAUGUCCUCUUUGCCGAUCUUAGCGUCCUGUGGUAUCGCGUCCAAUGGGAUUCCCGCCAACGCGAUCCCAACAGCGUGCAACGCGAGGCCUCAUACCGCCCUCCUCCUCAGCCAUGGGCGGGCGAUCUCCUCCGAUGGGCGACAGAGCUAUACGGCGAAGAACUCGUUGCGUUCGCCGAGGCUGCCGAAGCUUCGGGACAGCCUGUCGGACGAGGCGAGUGCUGGGAUAUGGCCCAUCUCGGGCUGAAGAGCAUCGUGGAUAAUCCCGCUCUCUCGCACUUCCCCAAGCCUGUACAGUCCAUCAGUCGCACGCACGGCCACCUCAUCUUUGCCGGCUCUGGGUCGCCUAAUACGGCAGGUCAGGCUGGCCGCUGGAGAGGGGGGGACGAUAGAGUCAUGAGAGGCGAUAUUGUCGAAUGGAAUCGUGUGAAGAUCAACACUACAUCGGGCCAGCAGAUGACACUCGGCGACCCGGAGCACACCGCCAUUAUCGUCCUCGUACCUGAUGAGCCUAUUCCGAACGCUACGGACGGCGCGUCAAUCAUGCCCUACGAGCUAGGCUGGCUGGAGGUGAUUGAGCAGACACGGGGGAAAGCACCGCAGAGGAAGAGAUACGAUAUGAGCCGGUUCACAGAGGGACGGGUGUGGGUGUAUCGGCCUGUGCCAGAGGAGUAUGUGGGCGAGGGGCUCAAGGCGGAGUGGCCCCCGCAGCAGCCGGCAUACUCGUUGUCGUAAAGUUUCAACUUGAUUUCUUGGGAAAGUUAUUGGUUAUCUUAUCGUGUUGUAUCUCACAGAUCGUGUUGUGUCAUCUGGACUUGUCCUG